UAAAAAUUUGUAUGUCACUAAAACAUGUCACGUUAUUUUUUUUAAUUACAAACUUAUGGGGUCAAUACGUUGGUGGUUGUUAAACUUGCAGCGUCUGUCCUUGUUUUCUCCGUAAUGUUCGACGAAACUUUCGUUGUAGAUAAGAUAUACUAAUAGAAGCGUUUUUUUUUUAAGUAUUACAUGUUAUGCUUUUCACACUGUUUUUAGUACUAAUUUAAUUCUUAAAACGUUUAUGGACAAGUUUGACAAACCAAACAAAAAAAGGUUUUAUAAUGCAUAGAUCAUUUGUCUUUUUGCAACUUUGAUCCACACCUUUUUUUAAUGCUUUUGACACACUGUUAUUACACACUACCAACCAAAUCCCGACGUAACUGCUGUUGAUCAACUAAAGAUUAGAGAAAGCUUAUUAUAUCAUUAGUUGCUUUACGAUAUGAUCUAGGCCAUGUGCACAAAAUAACAAAUACUUAUGUUUGUUUAUUAAUAAACGAGGAACAUCACGAGAACGUUCGGUCACAUUAUGGUGACUUGUACAGUUUGACUUAUUAAUAAUAUGUUCUUAUUACUUCUUACUUAACUCUUAUGAUAACUAACUAAUCACAGUAGAUCAUAACUAUCCCAACUCUUAUGAUAACUAAUCACAGUAGAUCAUAACUAUCCCAUAAAGCAAAAAAAAACAAAAAACAUGUGUGAAUUCAAAGUCUUGCAAAUAGUUCUUGGUCUGUUGCUUACUCUGUUUUCAUCUGCUUACGGCAAAUAUAUCCUGGAAGGAUCUGCAGUUUACGACCCAAACAGUUACAUGAUUUUAACGAACACCACGAAGCAUUCCUACGGUCGAGCUAUCAACAACGAAUCCAUUUCUUUCAAGAACCAGUCUUUCAACGUCAACUUCUUAUUUGGGAUCGUCUCUGAGCAUAAGCAGCAAGCCUCACACGGUAUGGCGUUCCUUUUCUCUCAUUCAAAAAGCCUUCCCGGAGCUUCCUCCGAUCAAUACCUUGGACUCUUUAACGAAAAAAACAAUGGUAAUACCUCGAAUAACGUGAUAGCUAUCGAGUUAGAUAUACAUAAAGACGAUGAGUUUGGAGAUAUUGAUGAUAACCAUGUUGGGAUUAACAUUAAUGGCUUGAGAUCUGUUGUCUCUGCCUCUGCUGGUUACUAUGAUGAUAAAGAUGGCAAGUUUAGAAACCUUUCUUUGAUCAGUGGAAAGGUUAUGAGGCUUUCGAUGGCUUAUAGUCACACCGAUAUGCAGCUCAAUGUUUCUUUGUGCCCUGCCGAAUUUAUUGUUCCUCCCAAGAGGCCACUUUUGUCUUUAAACCGAGAUCUCUCGCACUAUUUUUCCAAGGACACGUAUCUUGGCUUCACGGCAUCAACGGGAUCCGAUAGAGCACUUCAUUAUAUGGUGAUUGUGCAGAACUAUAAUGGAGCAGAAUAUCCACCGAUGGAGUUUGGCGUAGUCCCCACCCUUCCUCCAUAUCCCAAAAAAUCGUCUGACAGGACAAGGACUAUUUUAGCGGUCUGCUUAACAUUGGCCAUGUUCGCUGUGUUUAUCACCUCCGGGAUUGGUUCUGUCUUCUAUCUGAGGCAUAAGAAGGUUAUAGAGGUUCUUGAGGAAUGGGAGAUUCAAUAUGGACCUCAUAGGUUUGCUUAUAAAGAGCUUUCAAAUGCCACAAAGGGUUUCAAGGAGAAACAACUUCUAGGGAAAGGAGGUUUUGGUCAAGUCUAUAAAGGAACGCUUCCGGGUUCCGAUGCAGAUAUCGCUGUAAAAAGAACUUCUCAUGAUUCAAGACAAGGGAUGAGCGAGUUUCUAGCCGAGAUUACGACCAUUGGUCGUCUCAGACAUCCAAAUCUAGUCAAGCUUUUGGGAUAUUGUAGGCAUAAGGAGAAUCUUUACUUGGUUUAUGACUUUAUGCCUAAUGGAAGCCUUGACAAGUAUAUAAACCGUAAUGAGAAUCAAGAACGGCUCACUUGGGAACAACGUUUCAAGAUCAUCAAAGAUGUUGCGUCUGCUCUACUCCACCUGCAUCAAGAAUGGAUACAAGUCAUCAUUCAUCGAGAUAUCAAACCGGCUAAUGUUCUAAUCGACCAAGACAUGAAUGCGAGGCUCGGGGAUUUCGGACUGGCGAAGCUGUAUGAUCAGGGAUUUGAUCCUCAGACAUCUAGAGUAGCGGGGACCUUCGGUUAUAUCGCACCAGAGUUCUUAAGAACAGGAAGAGCAACCACAAGCACAGAUGUUUACGCUUUCGGGAUGGUUAUGCUUGAAGUAGUUUGUGGUAGAAGGCUGAUUGAGAGACGUGCAGCGGAAAACGAAGAAGUUCUUGUGGAUUGGAUUUUAGAGCUUUGGGAAGAUGGGAGAAUUUUUGAUGCGACAGAGGAAGACAUCCGUCAAGAAGAAAACAGGGGAGAAAUAGAGCUUGUUCUGAAGCUAGGCGUGUUGUGUUCGCAUCAAUCUGAAACAAUAAGACCGGAUAUGAAUGCUAUUAUGCGGAUCUUGAAUGGCGUUGUGCAGCUUCCAGAGAAUCUUUUUGAUGUGGUAAGGGAUGAGAUACUGAAAGGACGCUCUGAGAAAUCACUGGAAGUACUACUUGAUGUGAAUUCAUUUGCUACAUUGACGUUUACAAAUUCUUUCGUCUCCCAUGGAAGAUGAAUGCAUUAAGGAUGUGACAUUCGCUGAACAUCUAUCAUCAAUCUAUCUAAAGCUGGAAGUACGUCCAGUGUUUUGGCCAUAUAUUGUAACAUGCAUUUUCAUCAGAUGCCAACAAUAACAAUAGUUAAGUAAAAAUGUAAUAUAUACGAUGGAGUAAUUUCCUUUAUGUUAGUAAUAACGUAUGCAUAUAAAAGUAAUUUCCAUGUUUUAU